UGUGUGUAUAAAGCCGCGACCGCUGCACUUGGCUUCCAACAGUAGCUCUGGGCCCUUCUCGGCUGCAGGGGCAGCUGCUCCAAUGCCCCACAGCGGUCAUGAGCGUCCCGCAUUGGUGGGACCAGCUGCGGGCUGGCAGCUCGGAGGUGGACUGGUGCGAAGACAACUACACCAUCGUGCCUGCCAUCGCCGAAUUCUACAACACGAUCAGCAAUGUCUUAUUUUUCGUCUUACCGCCCAUCUGCAUGUGCUUGUUUCGUCAGUAUGCAACAUGCUUCAACAGUGGCAUCUACCUAAUAUGGACUCUCUUAGUGGUAGUGGGAAUUGGAUCCGUCUACUUCCAUGCAACCCUAAGUUUCUUGGGUCAGAUGCUUGAUGAACUUGCAAUCCUUUGGGUUCUGAUGUGUGCUCUGGCCAUGUGGUUCCCCAGAAGGUAUCUACCAAAGAUCUUUCGGAAUGACAGGGGCAGGUUCAAGGCUGUGGUCUGUGUCCUGUCUGCGGUCACAACGUGCCUGGCGUUUGUCAAGCCCGCCAUCAACAACAUCUCUCUGAUGACCCUGGGGGUUCCUUGCACUGUGCUCCUGGUUGCAGAGCUAAGGAGCUAUUUGCGCAGUUCACCCCCCUCGUCUUUGAAACCUUCCGAGCGCCUCUUAGGAUGCCACACCUUCCUGGGAUGCCACUCCCUCCACGGCUUCUUUUCAGUCUCUCGUGUAAGCUCGUUUGCUGUGCACCUUUGCGGGCACAUCCUCAUCUGCCUCGCUGCCUACCUGGGCUGUGUAUGCUUUGCCUACUUUGAUGCAGCCUCCGAGAUCCCUGAGCAGGGCCCCGUCAUCAAGUUCUGGCCCAGCGAGAAGUGGGCCUUCAUCGGCGUGCCUUACGUGUCCCUCCUGUGUGCCAGCAAGAAAUCACCAGUCAAGAUCACGUGAUGGCAUGGCCGUGGUGGCUUGGCUUCUCUGCUUAUUUUCCCUGAUGCACAGGCUCCCUUUGCCAGGAAAGACAUUCGGGGGUUUGCAGAGUCCAGGGUAGGGCCUGUCUUUUAAAAGUUCUGUUCCCUUGGGCUCAACUAACGUGUCUGUGGCCCGCCAGGACUCUACCAUGCAGGGGGAGGAAGGUCUUCCCCUUUCCCAAAGAUGGAAAGUGGAGGGCUGAGGGGCACCAGGUGGAACUUCUCAGCCUCUUCCAGAUACAGUAGUUUGUUGGGCUGUAUCCUUUCUGGCAAUGGCAGAGCAGUCCCUCGGGGAGCCCAUUUCCCAGUGGGAGAUGGGUCCAGACUCGACCAUUCCCAUGUGCUCUCCGUGUCAACUCUCCUGCUGACUGACAGGCCCUGUGACAGACUCAGACCUCUGUCUGAUGGAAGAUCCCAGGGAUUUUCAUUUGAGGAAACUGUCCUAAAACAAGACCAAGCCAAUGAAAUCCACACAGGGCUAAUGGCUAAGGAGGCAUCCAUGUAGAGCUCUCCGUAACCAGGUUUUACAUGCACUUGUGAAUCUUUUCUCUACUACCUCUGCUGAGAGAUGGGGAUUUGACUUCAGAGGAGGGUGAAGCAGACGAGAAAAACCCUCUGUGCCAAAAGCUACACUCUGCUUUAAGCCAUUCUUGAAGAUGAGCACAAUUUUUAGAUGUGGACAUUGUUGGCCCCCUCCCCAAACCAACGGUCUCACACACACACACACACACACACACACACACAGGAUAGUUGUGGUGUGAACAGGUCUGCACACAGACCCCGGCUCCUUAGUGCCGAGCUCCGUAAGGUCAGGCCUCAUGACAGUCACGGUGGGAGUCCUGCCUGGUUCAACGUCUGGAGCAGACAUGAAGUUCUGGAAACUUGUGCUGAUUAGAAGCCUUCUGGAUGCUCUUCCAUUUGGAAGUUAUCCCCCAAAAUGUCACCUCUUCUUUCUGCAAGAUUUCCUGCGGGAAUCAUACUCCAUAUUCUCCCAGUACAAGGUGCUUCCUGUGGUUUCUCCAAGGAUUUGAUAGCUGCUCUUCUCUAGAACUGUGGCUCUUUGGGUCGUGGGUGCAGCAGGCAAUGCUGUUGGCCUUCUCAGUUUUUCCUCACCUGAAGGGACACUAGCCAAAACUAAUCUCUUCAUUGGGCCGACUGAAGACUUUAAAACGGUCAUCAAGGUGUGAGGGGGAAUGCAUGACCUCAGGGAUACUCACUUUAACUGACAUCUCCUGCUUUGCAACAUUCCAUCAUGAAAGAGGGCGGGACAUCCUUGUGUGGAUGGGAGUCCUGUCGCUAAGGAUCUAAUAAUUGGGCAGGACCAGCGCGUGGCAGGUCUAGGAACUUUGGCUCCAGUUAGAAGUUGCACAGGAUCGAAGGUGAAAAGUCCAAUAAGGAACUGAACUGAGAGUUUAAAAAUGAAGGACUUUAUUCUGCUUCUGUGGUUUUCAAGUUAUUUUUAGCAGAACCCUAUCUGCAAUAAGAAACCAUCAAGGAACCCAAAUGUGUGAUAGAUGGUGCAUUCUAGUAGUUUAAAUUUAAGGCUAAACUUCUACAUUUCCCUUAAUAUCAUGCAGCGAAAAAUGCAAGUUAAAUUGGUGGUUUUCCAUGGUAAAAAAUUUGGGAUUGAAUGAGUGUACCCUGUUUAUUAUAGCUUAAAAAUAUACUUUAAAAAUGGUAUUUAAGUAUUUGUGGGGCUUCUAGUGCACUUCUGAGACCUAGGUGGUUCAUGAACUACCUAGAGUUUUGUUUUGUUUUUUAAAUUUUUAAUGUUUAUUUUUGAGAGAAAGAGACAGAGCACAAAUGGGGGAGGGGCAGAGAGAGAGAGGGAGACACAGAAUCCGAAGGAAAAUCUGAGCUGUCAGCACAGAGCCCAACAUGGGGCUUGAACCCACAAACUGUGAGAUCAUGACCUGAACUGGAGUCAGAUGCUUAACCAACUGAGCCACCCAGGUGCCCUGGAACCACCUAGAGUUUUUAAAACUGCUGUUCAGUCUUUUGGGUUUAAAGUCUAGAAUUUUUCCAAAGGGAAUUAGACUGUCCUCACUUCAGAUGGACUUCCCAGGUUUGGAUUCUGGUGUCAUUCAUUCUGGAGUAUAAAAAUGCUCCAAAGUAGGGGGGAAGCUUUGAUUUACUUUAAGUCCAGCUGUCUUAGUGUGGAAGCAUACAUGAGGAGAAGGGGCCGUGGGAAGUGUUUGUGCUCUAUGGGAGGUUUAAUUUCCAUCUCAAGGGCUCCUCAGUGAUGAGAGCAUUGUUCCAGCAGUUAAGGAGGGUGUGGGUCUCUCGAUCAGGUAAAGGGGUAGGUCCCUGGGGAACACCACCUUCUAACUCCCAACUCUUUGACCUUACUCUUCUGGAAAUUUCUUAGUGUCCUUUGGAAAUAGAGAUAAGCUGGGACUGCUGGAAAUGAGGAAAUAAGUGCCCUGACAGGGCUGUUUCCAUCUACCUUCUACAAGAAGAAUGGCUUAGUUAAGAUGUCAGAAGGAAUGCUUUUGUUGUAAAACAACAACAACAACAAAAAAACAAAAACAAAAAGAAAAAACAAAACAAAACAAAAACCAAAAACCAAACCAGAAGGCCCUUCUAGAGAUUGGUUUUGAUGAGCUAAGGGCUGAUAACAGAUAUGGAAUGGGGUAUAUUUUAGGAGGACAAAAACAUAACUUCUACUUUUGAACAAAAAUCGCUAUGGCUUGUUAGUGUGAAGAUGGUAAAUCAAGAAAGUAGGAGUUUAAAGAUUUUAUUUGAAGUUAGGUUUAUGGCAUCAUUCAUGUUUAUAUUUACGAUGCUUUUAUAGCACUCCAGGCUCUUGAAGAGAAUUAGAAAGCUGCAGGAAAGUUGAAGAGAAAAAAGUAGUCUGCAUUUUUAUUGUCCAAGGACAAUCAUUGUUAAUAUUUUGGCAUUUUGGUGUAUUUCCUCAUCUUUUUUUCUUCUCCCAAUAGAGUUGUAAAUAGAGGUCUUUUAGCAUGCACAGUUCAUCUGGUAGCUCGAAUGGAAUAUAAAUGUCAGUUGUGUAUUUUCUGCGAAGAGCAGCUUUUGGAAUACACUUGAGUUAGCUCUGCACUUGAGAGCUUAUCACUGGAUUCUGACUUACUGCUGAGUCUUUUUACAUUGAGCCGGACAUGAAUAGGUCCUGAGAAAUAAUGAACCGAAAUCUACUUUUUGUUAGGCCUCUGCACUUGGGUUGACGAACUACAGAAAAUAGCUAUUUGAUAGGUGGCUCUGCAGGUUGUGAGGUUUUCAGAUUUUAAAAAAGUGAAUAGCUUAUUGAUGUGCAAUCAAGAAUCUUUGUUUGUUUUUUUCCCCCUGAUAACGCAGGGAAGUGGAAAGUUGACAUUCGGGAAUUAGGUCAUGGCUGUUACUCACCGUGGCAGUCAGAUACUUGUUCUGCUUAGAUAGAAUUUGCCUGAUGGAACUGGAUCUAGGAUAUUAAACAUUAGUAUCCUAGUUAUCAAGGAAUCACUUAAGUCAGCGAUUCUUAUUUUUUUAGUGUUUGGUUGAAUGCAGACUUUUAAGAAAGCUUUUCUCCUUUUGAUGAUGAUUAGGAUUAUACUAUUAGCAUGUCAGUGAAUAUAUUUAAGGUGUGUGGGAGAGGAGAUACCUGAAUCUGUUCGGUAACAGGCUACUUUUGGGGGAAAUCUGCCUGUCCCUCUGAUUAGUGCCUACUACGUUCAUUAUGGAUCAGAGAUGUUCUGUUGGGGGACCUAAGCUCAAUGGUCAUCAAGCACAGACUUUCUAAAAAUACCGUAACUUGUUCUAUUUAUUGGCUUUCUCAGGUGUGUAAAAGCUGCUCACCAGUUCCUCAUGCUUAUGUGAGCCAGGGCCAUGUUGGGGGCUCUGAGAGUGGGGUAGAGUCUUCCUUGGCUCUUUGUCCCAUGGGGCUGGCAUGAGACCAUCUCUGAGGGACAGGUGAGGGCUGAAGCUUGCCCAACCGGAGCCCCUCUCCUAGCUCCUUUCCCCCAGAUGAGCUUGGAGCCUUUCAUUGCCAGCUCUUGGCCGGGGUGCUCCCAUUCCAGCUGGCCAAAGAGAAUGCUUGGGCCAGGUUGGGGUGCUUAAUGGAUUUUACAUACUCCUACAGGCAAAAAAAAAAAAAAAAAAAAAAAAAAGCC